GCUUCCUGAGGUAAGGGGCUUGUGUUCGCGACUGGCCGGGCCGCUGCUACCCUCCUACAGCCUACUUGAGGCAUCGAUAGAGGUCGUUGGGCCCGGGCGCGGGGUGUGUGGAGAGGCUGAGGCUUCGUGCCGGGGGUUGGGGCGGAGGUGCUUGGCCGGUCCUCUGGCUGGGGUUGGUUGCUUUAUUUUCGGAUGCUGCGGCUAAAACUCAAGGCCUUAAUUAUACUAGGCAAACGUUAAACCUGAAAUAUGCCCUUAUCUGUUAUUCAUUUUUAAAAAACAGCAAUUCGGUACUUUUGUGGAUAUGUUUUAUUAGAGCUGUUAAGUGGGGAUACUCAGAAACAAAAACCUACCCAGAAAUGUUGCCACCAGAGUGUAAAAUAUAUUGUGAUUUUAAGACCUGCCAUUGCCACUGACCUUCGUUUGGCUCAAGUCGUGGUUCAUUGUGCUCUGGUCAAAAUAAAACUUUUUACUUGAUGACUGAUGGCUACUGAAACUUGACAACUUGUCCUGAUUUUCUCUGCACUAGGCUGGUUAUAUCUAUAGGUCGAGUCGUUUGAACCUGAUGGACGCUGAUUGAGGAAACACAUUAUAGAUUGUAUUUUUUUUCUUUCUUCUAUGGACUUAAACAUGUUUUUUUCUAUUUGAACUUAGUUUUAAGAAACCAUAAAUUCAUAUCAAAUAUAAAAAACAGGAGUAGUUAAACCAUGAGUUGUGGAAAUGAGUUUGUGGAAACACUGAAAAAGAUUGGUUAUCCCAAAGCUGAUAUUCUUAAUGGAGAAGAUUUUGACUGGCUGUUUGAGGCUGUUGAAGAUGAGUCAUUUUUGAAAUGGUUUUGUGGGAACGUGAAUGAACAAAACGUAUUGUCUGAAAAAGAAUUGGAAGCUUUCAGCGAUCUUCAGCGAUCAGGCAAGCCCAUCCUAGAAGGAGCAGCAUUGGUUGAAGUUCUUAGAACCUGUAAAACUUUUGAUUUGAAAACAUGUAAACUGGAUGACGAAGAGAUACAGAAAUUAGAAGAUGAGGUUCAAAUGCUGCAGAAAUUAAAAAACUCAAAAAUUCAGCGACAGAAUAAAUACCAGUUAAUGGCUUCUGAAACUAGCUACAAGUCUCUGGCAUUAAAUGCUAAACAAGAGGAAGCCACUAAGAAGCUGAAACAAAAACAAGGGUUCCUAAAUACUGUGAAUACCAAGCUCAGUAAUGAACUUCAGGUUCUUACUGAUAGAAUUAAUAAUUUGAUUAUAUUCUUUAGAAAUUCUAAUUUAAGUGAAAGGACAAAUCCAAUGGUGUUUUUAUCUCAGCUUUCCUUGGGAAAAUAUAUAAGCCAAGAAGAGCAGAGCACAGCAGCCUUAACCUUAUAUACAAAAAAGCAAUUCUUCCAAGGUAUACAUGAAGUAGUUGAAAGUUCAAAUGAAGAGAAUUUUCAACUUUUAGAUAUACAAACACCAUCUAUUUGUGAAAAUGAAAAAAUCUUUGGGGAUCGACGACUGGAGAUGGUUAGACUCCAGAUAGCAUGCAUCUGUGCUCAACGGCAGAUCAUAUACUUGAAAGCAAGUAAUUUGAGCAUGAAGUCAAGUAUAAAAUGGGCAGAAGACAAUCUUCAUAGACUAACCAAUGAGGUUAUUGGUAAAGAAAAUUUGGAUGCAAAACUUUCUAGCUUGAAUAGUGAGAUUCUAAAACUUGAAGAACAAAUCACUCAUAUAAAAGACGAAAGUUUGCCUGCUUUGGUAAAAGAGAAUGCCCAGCUAUUGAACAUGCCAGUUGUAAAGGGCGAUUUUGAUCUGCAGAUUGCUAAACAAGAUUAUUAUACAGCAAGGCAAGAGCUAGUGUUAAAUGAGUUGAUGAAGCAGAAAGCAUCGUUUGAGCUUGUCCAGUUAUCGUAUGAGAUUGAGUUGAGAAAACACUGGGAUACAUAUCGGCAACUGGAGAGUUUGGUUCAGCAACUCAGUCAAAGAAACAUGGUGCUCUGCCAGCACCUGGCAAUGUUAACAGGACUACCAGCAUCUGAGCAGUUAACCUCAAGGACUCCCAUCAACACCAAAGAUCAUUCUACUCAUAGGCUUUAUCAACUUUUAGAAGGAGACAAUAAAAAAAAAGAAUUGUUUAUAACCCAUGAACGCCUGGAAGAAGUAGCUGAAAAAUUGAAACAAGAUGUUUCUCAAAUACAAGAUCAGUUGGCAGUAUCUACUCAAGAGCAUUUUUCCUUUUUGUCCAAACUGAAUAAUGACGUGGACAUGCUUUGUGAUGCUUUGUAUCAUGGAGGGAAUCAGCUAUUGCUUUGUGAUCAGGAGUUAAUAGAGCACUUUCAUCAAGUUGAAUCUCAGUUGAAUAAACUAAACCGUCUCCUUACUGAUAUUCUUGCUGAUGUGAAGACGAAAAGAAGAACUUUGGGAACUAAUAAAUUGCUUCAAGUAGAAAGAGAAUUAUAUGUAUAUUUUUUUAAAGAUGAAGACUAUCUAAAAGAUGUUGUGGAAAACUUAGAAAACCAGUUAAAGAUUAAGGCCUCGGGUCUUAAAGACUGAAGACUUCUAAAAACAGAAUUUUUACUAUGCCUGUUUUUGUUUACUAUGCUGUGUUUUAAAAUGCUGGACUAUAUCUAAUAAACCAAUAAUUUUUUUUAUUUGUA